UCCAGCUUGUCAACCGCACGAUCCAGUUUCUGUGGCCGCUUGCUGCAAUGAAAACAUCGUCGUUGGUGGGUGGAUAUAUGUUUUGGGCCCGGCUCCAUCCUUUUGUGACCCCCCAAAAACACCGACUGAGUGAAGACGAGAAGGCAUGAGGUCCAUGUUAUGGAUUACAGCAGAUGUGGCCGUCUGUGGAGCCGCCAGCUGGCCGCCGCAUGCCAUCGUGUAGCCAGGGCUGCCUUGCCUGAGCUCCAUGCACCUCACACAUCAUACCUUUGACUUCAUGAAGAUUCCUGACAUCUGUGAUGUAAUGAAUAAAUUUGAAGUCCUUGGGAUUGUGGGUGAAGGUGCUUACGGUGUUGUUCUGAAGUGCAGACAAAAGGAAACCAAUGAAAUUGUGGCUAUUAAGAAAUUCAAGGACAGUGAAGAAAAUGAGGAGGUUAAAGAAACGACACUACGGGAGCUCAAGAUGCUCCGCACCCUCAAGCAGGAGAACAUUGUCGAGCUCAAAGAGGCCUUCCGCAGAAGAGGGAAGCUCUAUCUUGUCUUUGAGUAUGUGGAGAAGAAUAUGCUUGAGCUGCUUGAGGAGUUACCCACCGGUGUCCCGACCGACAAAGUGCGCAGCUACAUCUUCCAGUUAAUCAAAGCUAUUCACUGGUGCCAUAAGCAUGACAUUGUUCACAGAGACAUAAAGCCAGAAAACCUCCUCAUCAGCUCCGAUGACGUCCUCAAGCUGUGCGACUUUGGUUUUGCUCGUAAUCUCUCCGAAGGGACGGACGCCAAUUACACCGAGUACGUGGCUACGAGAUGGUACCGCUCUCCAGAGCUCCUGCUCGGGGCUCCUUACGGGAAGGCGGUGGACAUGUGGUCGGUGGGCUGCAUCUUGGGCGAGCUGAGCGACGGGCAGCCCCUGUUCCCAGGAGAGAGUGAGAUCGACCAGCUCUUCACCAUCCAGAAAGUGUUGGGACCCCUCCCUCCAGAGCAGAUGAAGCUCUUCUAUAACAACCCCCGCUUCCAUGGGCUCAGGUUUCCUGCUGUAAACCACCCCCAAACUUUGGAGCGAAGGUACCUGGGGAUCAUCGGCGGAGGCCUGCUCGAUCUGCUGAAGAACCUGCUCCUGCUCAACCCCACGGAGCGCUUCCUCACGGAGCAGUGCCUGAACCAUCACGCCUUCCAGACGCUGCGGCUGGUGGACCGGCCCGGCCCGCCCACGCCCACACCUGUACGCUCGGCCAAGAGGAAGCCUCACCACGGCGACAACACCACCCCCAGCAGGAGCCACGGGGGGAAGAGCUCAGGAAGCCACCGGUCCAGCAGCAGGGAGUGCUCCAGCUUACCCCGGCAGGAAGACGUCCACCCGGGCAACGACAGCUUCCUCAAUGGCAACAUGUCGGCGGCCAUCAACCUCAGCCCCACCCUGCAUCCCAAGAACUACCAGCCGCAGAUCUUCAACCACUCCACCACCUACAGCAUGGACCUGGCUGGCAGCAACCUGCCUCACCUGCUCAGCCCCGGCGAGGCCAAGGGCAAAGGCGACUUCGAGAUCAGCCUAGGCUCCAAGGUGCUGGAUGGACCUGGAGCCAAGUACCUCAAAUCCAACUUCCGCUCGCAGCAGAACCGCCACUCCUUUGUGGAAGGCAAGACCAACACGCUGCAGUCGGGGGACAAACACAGCCGACACAACUACGUGGACUCCCACGGUUCCGCACCCUCCUCCAAGUUCGGCUACCUGAACCUGUCCAAGAGCUACGGCACGCUCAGCGACGCCAAGUCGGUGGGAAACCUGAACGACGUGCAUCUGUAUGCCGACGAGCCCACGUCUCGCUACUUCCCGUCCAGCUGCCUCGACCUGACAGCUCCGAGCAGCCCGGCGUCCCGCAGGUUGGAGCGGCUCGGGCCUGGUACGACCGGCCGAGUGGGCAUGCGCUCGGAGAGAGAGAGCAACACGCUGGACUCCUCGUACAGACGCUCGUCCACCCGCCACAAGACCUCGGAGGAGGCCAAGUCGCCCGAUUCCCUGGACCCGGGGGACGGCAGCACGGAGAGGAGCCACGGCCACUCUCUGUCCGCGCCACGCGACCCUCUGUCAUACAGUCAGGGAUACACCAGCCCUUUCUCCUCGCAGCAGCGGCCCCAUCGCCACUCCAUGUACGUGCGGCGGGAUCACCAGAGGACACAUGGCGGAGACGAGGGCCUGCUGGUUGGCCAGGGAAUCCCCACCAGAGCCAGCAGUCUCCAGCUCCUGUCGCCCCAGCUCCAGCAUCGCACGCUGCCGCGCCACUCCGGGAGCUCCUCCAGGGAGGACGACAUGAGCAGGAGCGAGCAGGCACCCACUGAAGUUCCCCACAGCAGACCCCCAAUAAGGGAUUCCACCAGGGACAACACUGCAUCUUUUCACACACAGCGGCAAAAAAGCGAGGUUGGCCUGUAUCAUGACCAGCAAGCAGAAGACGGAGGCUCCUCCAAGGAGAAUCGCAACAUCUACAGUGAAUCCAUGCCCAGGAGGGUGGGCAGCUUCUACCGAGUACCGUCUCCUCGGCCAGACAACUCUUUCCACGACAGCAGGGGCCCGGGUCGGGACUCCGGCUUGUCUGGGGACGGCAGCAGUUUGACAAAUCACUCCAAGCGUCAGCCUGCCUUCGACCCCUGGACUGGCCCAGAUACUGUGGUCCUGAAUGCAUCCGAGCCAUCCAAAGAGAAGGAGAAGCAGGGUUUCUUUAGAGCAAUAAAAAAGAAAAAGAAGAAAACUCAAAUGGCUGCCAGCGAAGGCAUCAACGCAGUCAUCCAGAAGAGCUCCAGGUCCUCUGGUCACCAGAGCAGCCGCCACAGGAGCCGCGACAAGAGCAGAGACCGCAACCAGGAACGAGACCGCGACAAGGACUGGCCACGGGAGAAAAUCUCCGAUUCUCACUCUCCGAGUCAGCCCCUGAAGUCCCUGCGUAAACUGCUGCACCUCUCCUCCUCCUCCUCCAACCAGACGGCGUCCUCCGACAUGCGCUACCAGCCGCUGCCUAACUCGGCCUCCGCUCAGGGCGGUUUUUCCGAAAGCCGGGGUCACUCAGGGGUCAGCACGCCCCAGCUCAAGAGCCGGCAGGGAGCCUACCCGCUGCCGGGCCAGCUGGAGCCCGGCUGGCACUCGUCCGCCCUGGGGCGGCCCGAGGGCAACCCGUACCCGGAGCAAAUGGGUGUCAAGGGGGGCCAGAAUGGGCACGGCUUUGGACGCCCGUCCCGGUCGCGCAUGCCGAACCUCAACGACCUGAAAGAGACAGCGCUGUAGUCGUCGGCCCCUCGCUCUCCUCCCACCUCGCCGACCCGCUUCCCUUCUGUUGCUCCUACACUCCUCACCCCCCCUUAACCGGGUGCACACACUCAGCACACACACACACCAAAACACCAAACCUUCUGUCGUCAACACUGCUUGCAAACGGGCCGAAAGCCUUUUUAUGUCGUAAUUUUUUAAAGCUUCCAUGUUUGAUAGACUUUAUAUUAUUAUUACAUCUGUAAUUCUAAAAUCAGAUUUGUAUUAUAAAGUAAAUAUGUUACAAAUUCAGUAUAUAUAUACAUAUAAAUAUAUAUAUAUAUAUGUAUGGAUAGGUAAAGUGUAGAUUUUAAGUGCAAGUAUUUUUUGCUUUUAUUAAAUAUAGAAAUAUGGUACAUUUUACUGUGUAGUAUUAACUUAAGAUUAAACUGAAGCAUUCUGAACACAUCAAGUCGAGCCAGCAGAGACUGGUCACAUCAGAACUGGUGUCCCUCUCACCCAGGAUCGUACUUCCUUUUGGAUGUGCUCUGUCAUUCUUGUGCUACUAAAAAACAAGAAACAAAACAAACAGCUGCGCCGACAGUGAGAUGGUCUAAACAUCUGACUGCUCAUUUGUAGGACAUUAAGGUUAUUGUGUCUUUAUGAACUGCGGCCAUUUUAGAAAUAAUGUACCUGUAAACUAAACUUCUAUGCUCUGACCUACACCGCCCUCUGUAGGUCAUGGUAGAUCACUGCAUUGACUGUUUCCUAACAGUCGCGUCGUCAUUCCUGCUUCAGGUCAUGAAUCAGUCUUACGCAGCUCAAACAGGGCGAAACGUAUGAUAAAUGUUUAUGUGAUCAUUUAGGUAAAAGUGUUUAAAUUGAAUCAGUUCAUUAAACUUGCUGUGCGUUGUGCACAUUUUAGGGAUGCAGCUAAUGGUAGAGGACAUCUGAAGCAGACGAUGAGGGGUUUUUUUGAGUUUUUUUUGGCAAAUAAAAGAACCUUCAGAGCGGCUCUGAACUGAAGGUUCUUUUAUUCCGUUUUAGAAAUGCACGAACUCACUCCAAACUCUCCAACCUCAGCAGCCGUAGAAGUAAGAAAAACGUUUCUGACUCACUGUAAGAAAGUGUUUUUAUAGCAGCUAGGGGAUCAUAAAAGCCAUUCAUACUGGUGCAGUGACUCUCAAAGGAACACUUUGUGUUUUUUAUGUGGAUAUUGUCAGUAUUUUAUCUUUUAACAUAAAUUAAUGUGAACCUUUAGCUCUUAAGGUUGGGGAAGUUUAUUUGCCCUUAUUUGCAUCAGUGUUGUCACAUUCUGCUGAAAUUAGCAAAGUGUGUGCUACUUUCAGCCUUUUUUACCAGGACUUUCUGCUCUUUAUCAUUAUUAUUAUUAUUAUUAUUAUUAUUAUUAUUAUUUGCUAUUUAUAAUUUAUAAAUUAUUUGAGCAACUAUUUCAUCUAGUUAUUCAGCCAUAGCACCCUUAUAGUUGUUGGCAACCUGGAUAAAGAUGUGUAAAAAGUCUUCAAAUGAAUUAUGUCCCUUUAAUGGCAUAAUCUUCCUGUGAAUUUCCUUUUUAUUUUUGUUGUUGUUUUUAAGCCAACUUUCACAUUUAUCAUUCUUGCUGCUGGUACCUCUGAACUUUAUACUUUCCCCUUCAAAGUUGGUCAGAAUUUUCUAAAAAUUCGCGCGAUGACACAGAGGCCCAUUUUCUUUUAACUCGCCCAGAACAAAUCUCCGCUCUUCACCUCUUACAGAGCGUCUACGAGCGUCAUGUUUUCAGUCUCCACGCCUCCAUGACAACCAUUGUCUCCACACCAAACUGUGAUGUGCGAGUCAUGCCAGAGAAAAGCCACUUCUGGCGAAACACAACAAAACUGGAGACUUCACCUGGAACCACUUGUUUAUGCUGGCGGAGAGUAAGACUAAGCUUUUCACCAGUGAACACUCCAGGUGGGGUGGUAUGAAAUAAAAAUUAAAAUAAGCAUCUCAUACUCUCUGUAUGAUAUAGUGGAAGAUCUGAGAUCUUUUGUCCUCUCGAGAACAUUCGUCAGCAGUCUUUACCUGAUCAAGUCCACUUUGACCUUGUUUUAGUGUUGUAGUUUUGCCUCCAUCCAGCAGAGGGCGAUGCUGGUGAACUCUAAGCGGAGUCAGUUGAUAUGGGAAUAAAAAUCGGGGUGGCGCACCAGAACGGGAAAGAGGAACAUUUUAGAAUGUGGGACGCAAAAGCAGCUUCAUGCGGUUCUGUUUUAAAAUAUAAACUCAUAGUACCUGACACAAAAUAAUGCCAACAUUUAACAGUGUUUUCUCAAAUUCAGCAUAUUAUGAAAAACAUAGCCCUUUAUGUUGAUCCAAGAAAAACUCAAGUUUUCAAGAAAAUGGCCACUCAUCAACUAAUCAUUGAAGUCGAUUGGUAAGAUCAAUCAACUUUAGAUUAACUCGUUAUUUUUGAUAACUUGUUCUCCGAAUUGAGGCCUGAAUUGCCCAUAUUUACAGUCAGAGCAAUAAUCAAAAAGUGGGUGACAGCCCCAGUUUACCAUGUGAACACAAACUGUAGGACUGUAAAGGGAGGUAAAAAAUAAUUAAAUACUUUAAAGCUUCGGGAAACAUCUGUACCUGGCAUGCCAAUCAUUUUUAAUAAAAAGGUUCGCUCAUGUUUACAAUAUUCCAUGUCCUUUAAGUUGCAAAGCAUGCUUUUAUUUUUCUUUAUAUUAUUUAACCCAUUCCGCUUCAAUGCAGCAUUUUCAGGUACCUACUCUCUGACCUGGCUGGGAGUUACUGCAGUGCUGUGUUUCCGGACUGAUUGCCCACAGCCAAACCAUUUGGUAGGAGCUUUUAAGAUAAUCUCAGAGUCCAGCCCACUGAUGGGACGAUGUGUACUGUAACACUGUUUUUUGUUUUUUUUUAUUGUUGGAAAUGAAGUGCCAUGAGAGCAGCUCUGCAGAAACAAGUCUUGACCCCUUUUUUUAAAUGUUGCACCUUGAAGAGUCUCUGUGGCUCAGCAAUAUUGUCCUGACUCAUGUAAAUUCUUUCUCACUUCCUUUUCAUCAAAUGCACAGUGUGUGCGUGCGUGUGUCUGCGUGUGCAUGUGUUUGAGAGAGAACCGAGACAUGUAACACACCGAGUCAGAGACGUGACCGCGUCGCGUUGUACGUCGCUCUCUUUGAAAUUCACCGUUUUUUUUCUGAAGGAGCACCAUGUAUUAUAUUAAUACUGAUGUGUGACUACUUGUUUGGUAAUAUUUAUAAUGGAACAAUGUUUAAUCAGCUGUUUAAAUGAGAUCAAGUAUUAAGUUUGUGCUUUUUGUUACAGACACGAUUUAGUAGCAGUCUGUGUUGACCUGCUUAUUAUUGUUUUCCUUUUUCCUUCAUUCCCCCCCCAAAACAGGGAGAAUACGAAUUCCUAACUCGACAUGAGCAUAAUGACUUUAGAAUAUUCAUGUUUUACAUCUGUGACUGUAAAUCUCCAAUAAAACAAGCUCAUUUGA